AUGAACAAUUUCACAGGCUGUGACAGUGACAGUACAUUUGCUAGGCGUGGGAAGAUCAACGCUCUGAAUUUCAUUAUGGCAGAUCCUUUAAUCCAGUCUUCAUUCCAGCAACUGGGUGUAGAAUGGAACUUGAAAGCUGCUUGGGGUGACUUCGAUGACAUCAGUAACAGUGGGACAUUGUUUGUUUUUCUGUUCGCAGGUGUUGAUUUCGUCAAGAAGAUAUUUGAAGUUGACGGCACGCUCAUAGAGCUAGUCAUUUGGGACACAGCUGGCCAGGAACGAUUUAGAUCCAUAACGAGGCUGCAAUACAGAGGAGUCCAGGGGAUUGUUCUUGUGUAUGACGUCACCAACAUGGCAUCCUUCCACCAUCUGUCUUACUGGAUCACCAGCAUACAGCGAGAAAUUAGUCACAGUCACGGAAACAAACAUUCAUAUGAGCCAAUUCCCAUCGUGCUUUGCGGCAAUAAGUGUGACGUCACAGACAAGCGACAGGUUAAGACGACGAAAGGCGAGAAGCUCGCCCAGAGGGAGAUGGCGUUCGAGUUUUACGAGACGAGCGCCAAGUCGGGCGAAAACGUCUUUCAGGCCUUCCAGAAACUCGCCUUCCACGUCACGGACAUCUGCGAUCCCAAACUCAUGAGGUCCUACCACCCGUACAUGAUCCGGCACUCUGACGCCACCACACCACCGGAAACACGUGAUCCGCCACCUACACAUCGAUGGCCAACCAAAGACCUGUUCAAAUGCAGGAACAGAAAACACAAGAGCACAGAACAUGGCCGCCUACUAUGUGGAUGUUUUAGAUAGCGGCCAAACGGUGACUGAAUCCUGUCAUCCAUUACGAAUAUUCUGUGCUAUUUGGUACAAACAUGAUUUCAAAAACAAAAUAAUAGUACGAUGUAACUGGUCUAUUAUGUGGAUGUUUUAGAUACCGGAAAAACCUAGUUCGAGUACUCCGACUCUAAGAGAGCCAGACAGACAAACUAUCGCUCAUCCAUUACGACUAUUCUGUGCUUAAAUCUGAACUCCGGAUCCACCUUGCUGCACGCGUAUUGUAUAAACAUUAUUUUAAAGAAACAUUUUAUUUCAAUUUAUUUUCGUGCAUAUAUACAAUUAAGGUUCAAGCACAUUGUCCUGGGCACACACCUCAGCUAUCUGCCCAGGAAAAUGGGUCAGUUGGUUACUUGUUAGCGAGAGAGAAGAGAUCGUAGUGGCCUACCCACUGAGCCGGUACCGGGCUGCGAACCCUGUACUUACAGGCCUGUAGUCUGAUGACUUAACCACUGUACCACCAAGGCCGGUUUUUAAAGAUACAGAUUUUCACUGAAUGGCCGAAUUGUAGGAUCCAGCAGGAUGAAAUGUGUGCCUGAUAAUCGAGACUGCAAUGGAUGGACUAAUAGAUUAAUAUAUAUGUUGAUCGGUGUGUACAGCAGGACGACGAAAUGUAUGCCUGAUAAUCGAGACUGCAAUGGAUGGACUAAUAGAUUAAUAUAUAUGUUGAUCGUUGGGUACAGCAGGACGACGAAAUGUGUGCCUGAUAAUCGAAACUGCAAUGGAUGGACCAAUAUAUUAAUAAAUGUCGAUCGCGUGGUGCUAAAUAUAGAAAACAUUUCUUAGUGUGUAGACCAGAGCCGUUUGUAGAUCAUCACUUAAUAUAUAUUUAUUUUGAUCUUUUA